AUGCAGGCCUCCUCGGGCAUGUUGACCAAGUUCGAGUCCAAGUCCUCCCGCGCAAAGGGCAUCGCCUUCCACCCCAAGAGACCAUGGAUCCUCGUCGCACUUCACUCCUCCACGAUUCAGCUUUGGGAUUACCGCAUGGGAACAUUGAUCGAUCGAUUCGAAGAGCACGAUGGCCCGGUUCGAGGAAUUGACUUCCACAAGACACAACCCCUCUUCGUUUCUGGAGGUGACGACUACAAGAUCAAGGUCUGGUCCUACCAGACUCGCCGAUGCCUCUUCACCUUGAACGGCCAUCUCGACUACGUUCGCACUGUCUUCUUCCAUCAUGAAUUGCCAUGGAUUCUGUCGGCAUCCGACGAUCAGACAAUCAGGAUAUGGAACUGGCAGAACCGGUCUCUAAUCUGCACCAUGACCGGACACAACCACUACGCAAUGUGCGCCCAAUUCCACCCGAAGGAAGACCUCGUUGUCUCUGCCUCCCUCGACCAGUCUGUCCGAGUUUGGGACAUUUCCGGCUUGCGCAAGAAGCACUCGGCCCCGACAUCGAUGACCUUCGAAGACCAGGUCGCGCGCGCGAACCAGAACCAGACCGACAUGUUUGGUAACACCGAUGCUGUUGUCAAAUUUGUCCUGGAAGGCCACGACCGCGGUGUCAAUUGGGUUGCGUUCCACCCGACCAUGCCGCUGAUUGUGUCUGCUGGCGAUGACCGACUCGUCAAGCUCUGGCGCAUGAGCGAAACGAAGGCCUGGGAGGUCGACACCUGCAGAGGACACUUCCAGAACGCCUCUGGCUGCUUAUUCCACCCCCACCAAGACUUGAUCCUGUCUGUCGGCGAGGACAAGACCAUCCGCGUCUGGGACCUCAACAAGCGCACCGCGGUGCAGUCCUUCAAGCGCGAGAACGACCGAUUCUGGGUCAUUGCCGCCCACCCCGAGAUCAAUUUGUUCGCUGCUGGCCACGAUAACGGUGUCAUGGUCUUCAAGCUGGAGAGAGAGAGACCGGCAUCGUCAGUAUACCAGAACAACCUCUUCUACAUCACCAAGGAGAAGCACGUCAGAUCCUACGACUUCCAGAAGAGUACCGAAAGCCCGACUUUACUCUCUCUCAAGAAGCUUGGAAGCCCUUGGACCCCGCCGCGAACCUUGUCGUACAACCCGGCCGAACGCUCCGUUCUAGUCACCUCUCCCUCCGACAGCGGAUCUUACGAGCUGAUCAACCUUCCUCGCGAUGGAUCCGGUGCCAUUGAGCCCACCGAGUCGAAGCGCGGCCAGGGCAACUCGGCCAUCUUCGUCGCCCGCAACCGUUUCGCUGUCCUGAACACGUCUAGCCAGACAAUCGACAUCAAGGAUCUUUCCAACAACACGACCCGUUCCUUCAAGCCUCCUGUCGGAACCAGCGACAUCUACUUCGGUGGUACCGGCAACCUCCUCAUCAUUACGCCCACCGCUGUGCAUCUUUACGACAUCGGGCAGAAGAAGAGUGUCGCCGAGUUGGCUGUCAACGGUGUCAAGUACGUUGUGUGGUCGAAUGAUGGGCUGUACGCGGCCCUUUUGAGCAAGCACAACGUCACUAUCGUGACGAAGACCCUCGAGCAGGUCAGCACAUUGCACGAGACUAUCCGAAUCAAGAGCGCAACCUGGGAUGAUGCUGGUGUUCUGUUGUACUCGACCCUCAACCACAUCAAGUACACGCUCCUGAAUGGAGACAACGGUAUUGUCCGCACCCUUGACCAGACCGUCUAUCUGGUCCGUGUCAAGGGCCGUAACGUCUACUGCCUUGACAGAGCGGCCAAGCCCAAGGUUCUCCACGUCGAUCCCACCGAAUACCGAUUCAAGUUGGCCCUCGUCAAGCGUAACUACGAGGAAAUGCUCCACAUCAUCCAGAACUCCAGUCUUGUUGGUCAAUCCAUCAUCUCCUACCUUCAGAAGAAGGGAUACCCCGAGAUUGCUCUGCAAUUCGUGCAGGACCCCGCAACCCGCUUCGAGCUCGCAAUCGAGUGCGGAAACCUGGACGUUGCUGUCGAGACUGCCAAGGAGCUUGAUCGUCCUAAGCUUUGGCAGAGGUUGAGCGCCGAGGCCUUGGCUCACGGAAACCACCAGGUCGUUGAGAUGGCUUACCAAAAGCUCAAGCAGUUCGACAAGCUUUCAUUCCUGUAUUUGUCCACCGGUGACCACUCUAAGCUGGCACGUAUGGCCAAGAUUGCCGAGCACAGAGGUGACUUUACUGCACGUUUCCAGAACGCCCUCUACCUCGGUGAGGUUGAGGACAGGAUCCAGAUGUUCAAGGAAAUCGACCUGUACCCGUUGGCAUACAUGACCGCCAAGUCCCACGGCUUGGAGGAGGAGUGCCAGGCUAUUCUCGAGGCCACUGGUCUCACCGAGGACCAAUUGGAGACGCCUACGAUUGGGGAGGCUCUGACGCCCCCUAAGCCUGUCGUCCCCACAUUCAAGGCAAACUGGCCCACCAAGGCCACUUCCCAGUCUGUCUUCGAGAAGGCCCUGCUUGGCCAGGUUGAAGGACUGUCUCUGGAGGAUACUCCCGCAGCUGCCAACGGCUUCGACGACGACGUCGAGGAGGAUGUCGCUGCGAAGAAGAAUGGCAACCUCAUCGACGUCGACGAUGAUGAGGAUGCGGCAGGCUGGGAUCUGGGUGAUGAUGUCGUUCCCGAGAUCGAGGGCGACUUCGUAAACGUUGACAGUGCGGACGCUGGUGGUGCUGGAAGCAGUGAGGCCGACCUUUGGGCUCGCAACUCUCCUCUGGCCGUGGAUCAUGUUGCCGGUGGCUCAUUCGAGUCAGCAAUGCAACUCCUCAACAGACAAGUGGGAGCAGUCAACUUUGCGCCACUGAAGCCCCGCUUCCUCGAAGUUUACCAGGCAUCAAAAACGUAUCUUCCAGCCUCUGCAAACCUUCCUCCGUUGGUCAACUACGUCCGACGUACGAUUGAGGAGACGGACCCUCGAAAGGUGUUGCCGAUCGUGCCCAGGGAUCUCGAGUUCCUGGCGACCAACGAUCUGCAACAGGGUUACAACUCGAUGAAGACCAACAAGCUCGAGGACGGUCUUCAGAUCUUCAAGGGUAUCCUCCACGCCAUCCUUAUCAACGCCGUUUCAAGCGAAAGCGAGGUCGCCGAGGCGAAGAAGCUCAUCACAUCCGCCAGCGAAUAUGCCGUGGCCAUGGAGAUUGAGCUCAGCCGCCGCAAGCUCGGCACCACUGGCGAGCAGCUCAAGCGCAACCUCGAGUUGUCAGCCUACUUUACCAUCCCCAAGAUUGAGGUUCCUCAUCGCCAGCUGGCCCUGCACAACGCGAUGCAAUUGGCGAUAAGAAACAAGAACUACGGUUCAGCACUGAGCUUUGCCAACCGCAUUAUUGCCAAUGGCGGCUCCAGCAAGCUGACUGAAAACGCCAAGAAAGCCAAGGCCCAAUGCGAGCGUAACCCCUCAGACGCUAUUGAGAUCGAAUUUGACCAGUUUGCCGAGUUUGAUAUCUGCGCAGCCAGCCACUCACCCAUUUACAGCGGCACUUCCUACGAGGAGUGCGCCUUUGACGGCUCCAAGUACCACAGCAAGUACAAGGGCACCGUUUGCAAGGUCUGCGGGGUGUGCGAGGUCGGCAAGCACGGCAGUGGCCUGAAGCUCUUCGCGUAG